UUCCUUUGCUCUGAUCCAGAUGUUUCCAUCUCGUGUCCAAGUUGUUUUAUUUUUUUCUGUCUUUUCAACAACUUGCCUCACUUGCAAUAUUUCCUUUUUUUGGUUAUUUGUUUAUGUAGACAUUUGUUCCUUUCAGUUUCUUAGCUUGUAUYAUUAGAUUGUUUUUUGAUUUGCUGCUUAUGAAUCUGAUGACUGUUGGUGGUUUGAAUUUGUCUGAUUUGCUGGGCAAGGUGUGGCAGAUGGAAAUGUCCUCAGAUGAAACGUCAGUAUUUUUGUUUUGCAGGAAAGUCACUACCUGCUGCUCCACAGGGAUCAGUUCUUCUUGUGCAGAGUCCUGGUGUUUCUGUUCGCUGCAACUCCAGCACAGUUGUUUUCUGCUGAAGCUGAGCCUCUUCCUGGACCACGUCUCAUCACGACUCAUCCGGGCCUGUCCUCACACCAACCACGUCUGUAGUUUCGUAGGCAGGCCGACUACACAGGCCUGUGGUUGUAGCUCCUGGGUUAGCCGAAUGUGUUGGAGAACCACCAGCUCAUGGGCCGAGCCGAUAGCGSACCUGGUAGCCGACGGCGGUGGUUAGCAGCUUGCCUCGGUUCACUUCAGGCCUCACGUUCCAGGUCAUCACAUCAUGGAUCUGUCAGCAGCAGCAUCUGGGUUGGUUUAAAAGCAACCAUCCAGGGUAUGAGGACAUAUUUUCAGGGCUGCUCACUGAGACAUUCAUUAUUCCCUCUGCGACAGCUUUCUGAGCCGUGCUACCAUGAAGUCACCGAAGCUGAAAACUAGAGCGACCUUCGUCAAAGAGGAGGACCUGAGCGACGUGCUGGGCGAGUUCGACGCGGUGAUGGAAGACUUCACGUCUCCGGUGGAGAAGCGACACUUCAGGUACGACGAACACCUGAAGACCGUGAAGAGGAGGAGCAGCGCGAGCAUCAGCGACAGCGGCAUCAGCAACUCAGACACCAAACUGGGUGACACCAAGGAACUAGAGGACUUCAUUGCUGACCUUGACCGGACUUUAGAGAGAAUGUGACUCCAGAGCUCUGUCUUUUUGGWGUGUAGGAGGGAGUGGAUGUUUGGACCCCAUUGAGCAGUUAAAAGCCCACCCAACAGAGGUCCACCACUCCUGCAUCACAUCAACCAUACAACACACAACUACCAAACCUUAACAACUGCAGGAAGAGUCAAAACCAUCUGCAGCUAAAGGAACAUGGGCCGAACGUUCUGAGGAGCAAAGAUUUGUUUGACAGUUCAGACACUGGAGGAUUCAUCAGAAACAUAAAACCUGCCGGCACCUGGACUAAACUCCACCCUCUCUUCUAAACUUGAGCAGAACGAUACUUUUAAAAGGCUUUUUUAACAGACAUGUUUGUAAUU